CUCUCAUCAUUGCUGACGACAAGAAGACAAUCUUCUGAAUUAUAAUCUGGCAACAUAUAAAAAGUGAGUACAAUUUAAAAUACUCCACAAAAAAACAUUAGGUUGAUAAAGAUGGUCCACACCACCAAUGGAUAACUGUGACACCCUUUUCAGGGCAUUUAAAGAAAUACACAGUUUUUGUUCAUCCAAUAUUAUCUUGCACCUGAUUUUAAUGCACUUAUAUUUGUUUUAUAGUUUAAGCAACAGCUUUAAGAUGUUUUUACAUAUAUUUCAAGUACUUUUAAUAUGAUUUCACUGGGUUCGGGGUUCCGUACAUAGGGCUAAGAACGUCCCACCAGCCUCUACUGGCCUCAGUCAACCACCUCAAUAUUAUUUUAUUUUUGGGAAGUGCUUUAUAAUCUGUUUUUUGUUUUGUUUUUUUAAACAACCCACGUCAUCAACGUCCUACAUUAAAAUUGUGUUGUAGGGCAAUCGAUACUACAAAAAGUCUGCAGCAUUAGAUGCAUUAUUGAAGGUUAUGUGGGUACUGAUUUAAUUUCACUAUAAAUUGAUAUGAAGCCACAAGUGAGUUUAUACGGGAGAGGCUAGUCAGAGGUUACCUAGUGCCCUGGUUUGACCAGAGACAUAGGGCCCAAGGUACUGUAUAUAUUAGGAAGUGUGUCAAGCAAUCAGGGAGGCAAUGCCAUUUUAAUUACAUAGUCAACUUGCAGAAAUUUAGGACAAAAUAAUGUAGAAAAUGUCUAUUUUGACCUAAAUUUUGAAACCUGUUCAGUGAAUAACAUAACAUAACGUAAGAUAUAACAUGUAUUACAUAGCUGAGAUUUAUUUAUUAAACAAUGAAUUCAAAUAAAUUAAAAAAUAAUAUAUAUAUAUAUAUAUAUAUAUACACACACACACACACACACACACACACACACACACACACAGUAUAUAUGACUUCUAAUAGACUGAACCGUUGAUCUAACCAUAUUGAUCUAAAACACAUUUUAAUAUAAUGUUAAUUUCUUUCCCCCCUCAGAAUCAUGCCUUCAACAAUGGGGUUCAGGUCAUUGGUCUUUAUUUGCAUAGUUUUCCUGCAAUUGGUCUUUUCUGACCCCAUUUCUCCCAGGUAAGAAUAAUAAACUGCAUCCCGUCACAAAUAUGGGUGAGAUACAUUGAUUCAUUGUCAAGCGAUAUAGCUUGUUCUCGCAAGGAAUAGCAUCAAGUGGAGGCUAUGUAGAAGCAAUACUUUAUAAAAUGAGUAGUAGAUACAUAGGAUCAUGUGUAGGUGGAAUAAGUACAAUAUAAACCAUUGAACACCAAGUUAAAUCUUAAAUAUAUCAUAUCAUCAUGAUAUCAUAAGUUUGGCAAUGCAGGGGGGAUACAUUUCCUUGCUCAGGGUCGGACUGGGAGUAAAAAGCAGCCCUAGAAAUUGUUUACACCAGCCCCAACAUCAAUUGCCUACCUUGCUCCUUGAAAUGAUCUGUAUUCAGCCCCUUCCCAGCAGCCUGCCUCCAGCUCUCUCACAGGCCUCCCUGCCGGACAACAUUUACACACUGUAAAAGACAUACUGCAUCCUUUACACUCACACUCUGCAUCCCUCACACACACACACACACACACUCUGCACCCCUCACACACACCAGUGGUGGAUCCAGGGGGCAAUUGCCCCCAGAGAGCUGAUGCUCUCUCCUGCAGAGCCGGUGCUAUCCAAGCGCUGGCCCUGCUAAGUGCCUUCACAGACCGGAGGGGAGAUCAGAGAUCUCCCUCACUGGUCUGCAGGAACAUUGCUGGGUAGCUGGCAUGGAGAGAGGAGAGGAGACCAUGAGCUAGGCCUGCAGCUCUGCCGGGUUUCCUCUCGUGAGCACACACACUGCACCCACAGCCCCCCAUAUACACACUGCCCCCAUAUACACACUGCCCUCAGAGCUCCCAUAUGCACACUGCCCCACCACACACACUGCCCCCACAGCCCCCCAUAUCACACUUCCCCCACUCUACGCCAUACACACAUUGCACCCACUGCACCCACAUACACACACUUCCCCCACUGUACCACCCAUACACACAUUGCCCCCACAUACACACACUUCUCCCCCAUACACACACCUCCCCCACUGUACCCCCAUACACACACACUGCACCCCCAUACACACUUACGCCACUGUACCCCCUGCCUCCACAGCCCCCAUAUACACAUUGCCCCCACUGCACCCACAUACACACUUCACACCCAUACACACCUCCCCCACCGUAUACACCCACAUACACACCCACACACACACACUGCAGCAUUUAAAGGGCCGGCCCACAGCGGCCGGCCCUGACACAAUUUAGGGCGGCCUGGGGGGCAAUUGCCUCCCUGCCCCCAGCCCAGCCCCCCCCCCCCAUAUCCCACUUCCCCCACUCUACCCCAUACACACAUUGCACCCACAUACACACACUUCCCCCACUGUACCCCCCACAUACACACACUUCUCCCCCAUACACACACCUCCCCCACUGUACCCCCAUACACACACUGCACCCACAUACACACACUUCUCCCACUGUACCCCCAUACACACUUACCCCACUGUACCCCCAUACACACACUUUUCCCCCAUACACACUGUAGCCCCACACACCCACUACACCCUCAUACACACACUGGCCCCAUACACACACAGUGCUCCCACUGCACCCACAUACACACACUGUCCCACAUACACACACUGCAGCCCUCGCCUCCCAUACACACACACUCUGCACCCCUCACACACGCUGCCUCCCAUACCCACCCUGCAUCCCUCACACACUCAGUGCCUCCCAUACACACACACACAGACACAUUACUAGAGGCCCUAUCACCUGCUACAGCCCCCAGGUAAAUUGUCAAACUGUUGUUAAUUUUCUCAAUUUCAAAAUCAAGUUAAAAAAAAAAUAACAACAUGAACAGAGUAUUUUCUAUAAAAAAUAUAGUACCUAUAUGAAGAAACGCAGGAUCACAUGGCUUUGUAUAGCAAUCUUCGCAAGCCAGUCUAAAAAUACCUUCAUUUAGGGGAAGUGAAAAUUAACCCCUUAAGGACCAAACUUCUGGAAUAAAAGGGAAUCAUGACAUGUCACACGUCAUGUGUCCUUAAGGGGUUAAUGGUGACCCAAGAUUUAGGAUUGUUUAUUAAACCGUAACAGGAAUCCAUAAGGGUGUGGCAGAUUUUAGACCAAAAUAGCUUCGCUGGAAACAUAAACCAUAAACAACUUGGGAAAACUCUUUCCAAACGGACUAUUCUGACCAACAAUUUGCAAAAAUAAUAUCGGGUGAAUUCCUAAUAAAUUCACAGUUUUCUUAAUAACCCUGUGCAAAGUGAAUUUCAAAUUGAAGGCCACAGUAGCUGACCUGGAAGCGUAGCUAAAAUUAUUAUUUUUUGGUUCCUAUAUAUUUGCCUUAAAUUUUCCUGUCUUGCAGAGUUAUUUACUAAACUGAGAAUUCAAGGUGAAUUCAAGGUUAAUUACAAAUUUAACGUCAGAGUAGCCAGGCUGAAGGCACAGCUGACUGAGAAUUUUUGACUAUUUUGACCUAAAAAUCCAUUUUGAAUUCACCUUGAAUCCUCAUGUAAGUAAAUCACCCAGUUAGGUUUUUGCAACUCUUCCUGGGAAUUAGAAUUCUGAUCAAUUUGUACAUUCUGUACAUUCUACACCCAAUCUAGUCAUUGUACUUUGAAACUGUCAGAGACAGAUUUCCACAUCCUGAUCAGACAUAUAUUCAAAUAUUUAUAUAUUUGAGCAGAAACAAGCGACACGUUGACAGCAAGUUUACCAGUGAAUUCAGCCGAGUUAGAGGAUCUGCUGCUAUACGCAAGUACAUAAAUGCUGCUCUGGCAGGGAAGAGGUAAGUGCUCGAUUUUUUAAAGUAAUUUUUUUUACAUUGUUUAUAUGAUACAUACUGUAUACAGCAAGCAUGUCAAACUUGCGGCCCACAAUGGAUAUAUUUGCGUGGGGCCACUAUGCGUUGUGGCUGCGACCGGCUGCAAGACAAGAAAGAUAUUUCCUGUCUGAUUCUUGUCUUCCCUCCCACGGCCAAUCACGUGCUCCCGCCGGCCAGCCACUCCCCCUUCCCUCCUGCUCGCAGUGCCAGAGGAGCGUCCGGUCUGCUUAAGCAGAGAAGAGCAGGGCUGGAACUGGAAGACUGGCGGCUCAUCUUAAGGUAGGGGAAGAGGGGCUUGGGUGAUCUUCCUGUGUAGUGUGCUAAAUUGGGGAGGGAAGGGGGGCAGUGUAUUAAUUUGAGGGAGCAGUGUAUGAAAUUGGGGGAGGGAGUGGGGCAGUGUAUUAGAGUGGUGGAAGGGGGAGGCAGUGUAUUAAUUUGAGGGAGCAAUGUAUGAAAUUGGGGGAGGGAGUGGGGCAGUGUAUUAGAGUGGUGGAAGGGGGAGGCAGUGUAUUAAUUUGAGGGAGCAGUGUAUGAAAUUGGGGGAGGGAGUGGGGCAGUGUAUUAGAGUGGUGGAAGGGGGAGGCAGUGUAUUAAUUUGAGGGAGCAAUGUAUGAAAUUGGGGGAGGGAGUGGGGCAGUGUAUUAGAGUGGUGGAAGGGGGAGGCAGUGUAUUAAUUUGAGGGAGCAGCGUAUGAAAUUGGGGGAGGGAGUGGGGCAGUGUAUUAGAGUGGUGGAAGGGGGAGGCAGUGUAUUAAGGUGGUGGGAGCAGGGGCAGUGUGUUAAAUUGGGGGGAGGGUAAUGUAUUAAUUUGGGGGAGGAAGCCAGCCAGUGUAUUACUGUGGUGGGAGAGGGCAUUGUGUUUAAUUGGGGUGAGGGCAGUGUAUUAAUUUGGGGGAGGGAGGGGGUCAGUGUAUUAGAGUGGUGGAAGUGGGGCAGUGAGUUAAAUUGGGGGGAGGGCAGUGUAUUAGAUUAAGGGGGAGUGUAUUAGAUUGCGUGGAGGGUGCAGUGUAUUAGAGUGGAGGGAGGGCAGUGUAUUGGAUUUGUGGGCAGUAUAUUAAAAUGGGGGAGGGGCAGUGUAUUGGAUUUGUGGUCAGUGUUCAAGAAUGGGGGAGGGGCAGUGUGUUAGAAUGGGGGAGGGGGCAGUGUAUUGGAUUUGUGGUCAGUGUACAAGAAUGGGGGGAGGGGGCAGCGUACUAGAUUGGGUCUGCAUGGAGGCGCUGAAUUCUCCCCAUGGAGAGGCUGAUUGGCCGCGCAGCUUUUUGCCACACAUUCACAAUAGCCUCCCAAUGCUUUCCAAUGGGAAAGCAUUGGAUUGGCUGAGAUCAUCAAGUUUGAUGAUCUCAGCCAAAGUGAAUACCACACUCAUAGGACUUCAAAAUCAACAAGAUAAUGUAAUUUGUUUCUUACAGCUGUGCAACAGCAUACAUUCACCAUUUCAGUCCCAUUACCAAGCUUUUCUUAAUAUGUCAGGGUAGUUGGACUGAAUCGUUGGUUAUAUGCAAAUGCACGCCUCCUUAAAAUAAAUUCGCUUUUUUUGUUAAAUGCUGCCUUACAUAAAUUCGCUCUUUUGUAAGGCAGCCUUUCUAUAAAAAGUAAAGUUUUCGUUUUUUUGCGGCCCACAUAAACUUAAAUCUUGUUUAUUUGGCCCGUGUUAGCCUUUGAGUUUGACAUGCUUGGUAUACAGGGUUAUUCUCAAAAAAUUUGAGUAUUUACGAAUUCUAGCAAGGCUAUACACUGAAAACUGAAUAUUAGCAAAUUAAUCAGAAUCCCAGAAUUCAGGCUAAAAUAGCCGAACUGUGACUGUAGCUGAGAUGGACAAUUGCUCCAGCUCAGCUACUUUUACCUUAGUUUUGCCAUUCUAAAAUUUGGCGUUUAUUGAAUAACCCUGAAAAAACAUAGCCAACAAAGGAUUUUUCCUAUUCAGCAAUUUUAUCCUAAAAUUCUAAAUUUGCUUUGAAUUCCUGACAACUAACUAUACUGUGAAUAAUCCAGUAAUGGUGAUAUGUAAUCACUGGUAACAUCAUUUUGCCGAUGUUAGCGCCCUACCAUAACAGGAGAACAGUUUAUGGGCAUUUAAUUGGCACCAUCUCGAUUGAGCCCUUAAAUUAGCCACUCACGGCAAAACAAAUGUCACUACACUAUGUGACGGAAUUUCCCCGGGAGCUCAGCUGGCCUUUGUCAUUCUUCAGGAAUAAAUGCUUAAAGUACGCCUACUAUGUAAAACAACAACAAAAAAAGCAGUGGUUCACUUUAAAAAAAGUGAAAUAUAUUAUAUCAAAUGUAACGUAACAUUCCUAGCUUAUACCUCUAUCCUGUUUGCACCAGUACAUGGACUACUGAAACCCGGUGGCAUUCAGGAAAAGAACACAAAACGCAUGUGUACCCAUUGUCUCAGCAUCGUUUUCCUAGUCAUAUGGUUUAAUUAUGUAUCUUUUGUUUAGAGCCUGUAGUGGCGAAUUUAACAUAUCUUCUAGAAAUUCUAAAGAAAAUGCAUAAAAAAUCUCUAGUUUUUAGGGAAAUAAAUAUAUAUUUUUUCAAAAUCUAUUCUUUUUGUUCUUUCCCUCUUGUAUCUGAUCGGUCUUCUCUUCAUUUCAACUUUAUGUGGAAACUGGCUGGGUUAUCAGUAAUCAUGCUUUCUCUGCAGACUAGUAUUUAAUUCAUUAAAAAUAAUGAAUGGAAAUAGUCAGCAAGUGCAUCCCCUACAAAUUCAGGCCUUACACAUAAAGUUCUGAAAAACUCUGUAGUUUUGUUUCAGCAUAUCUUGCAACUGAUGCCGAUUAAAAAAAAUUUCAGAAAGAAAAAACAAAAAUAAAAUUAAAUCUUUAUUAAUUUACUAGGGAUGUCUCAGAUGAGAGAUCUGAUGCCCUUAGAACAGAGAAUUUGAUGAAUUCUGUUCCGGAAACAAAUUAUCAAGAGAAAGAAUUGGCCGGCAUGAAUGCUUACAGUCUUCCAGAGCUAAGGUAAACAAACUUUCAAAUGACACAUCAAAACAAGAGUAAGAGUAUCUUUUACUAAAUGUUAAAUAGGUUUAUUCAUGAAUUUCUGGAAGAAAAGAAUGAGAAAGGAGAAUUGGGACUAGAAAUCACUGUCAUUCUAUUUCUGCCAUUUUUGUUAUUAAUGACCUACCCAGAAUCCACUUGGUCUUUAAAGUGGAACUACACUCUACUGUUUAUUAAAUGGUUACAUUUUAAAUUGCAAAGUGCCUCUCCCUAGGAAAAUGAAUCUUCUCAGCACAACAGACUGUAAUUUUACUUGUUGCUACUCCUUUCUUGUACGACUAUUUAAUUAAUCUACUAUUAUUUAAGCACAUUACACCUUAAAAAGGAAGAACUAUAUUUUGUCUGUUUUUAAUAAACACAUAUAAGUGGUAUUUGUAAUCUUUGUGCUCUGGGUAGAUAGACAGACAGACAGAUAGCUCAAUCAACAGACAGAACUGGUAGAGUAGUUUUGUGAUACCAAAAUGACGCAUUUUAUUUAUUCAUGAAAUACUCUUUUUAUAUAUAUAUAUAUAUAUAUAUAUAUAUAUAUAUAUAUAUAUAUAUAUAUGUAUAUGUUUGUAUGUAUUUCUCUAUCUCAGUAUUAUUUUCAUUAUAUUACAAUGCUGUGCUGUUUUCUAGAUGCAUUGACAUUCUGGGUUAUUUACGUAAGCGAGAAUUUAAAAUUCAUUUCAGAUUUAAGGCCAGAGUAGCCACACUGAGAGAAUAGCUUACUUGUAGAAUUUUUCCAAUGCGAUUAUUUUGACCUUACAUUUGAAAUUCACUUUCAAGUCACCUUGAAUUCUUACUGUAGGAAAUAGUCCUGUACGUGUAUUUUUCCAUGUUAUUAACAGAAAUCAGCUAAGUACAUUCUAAAAAAUGGAAAGGGAAAAUGUAACUAAUGCACCCUGGGUGCGUAAUUCACUAAUGCAUUAAUUAUGAAGCAAUAUUUUUAACUGCAUGUUUGAUUCGUCUUAUUAGGUCAGACGUUAAGGGGCUGGAGGAACAGGAUGUAACAGAUGAUCGGCUGUGCUCUGCGUUCCUCUAUCUGCUUAGAAGGGCAAAUUAUCAGUCCCAGCAAACACGUAUUACUCAGGUAAAUCAUUCUAAUAAACCGUCACACCUGUAACCUCUCAUAUACAAGUCUAAUUUGUCAGAAUUAAAAAUUCCCUUUCAUCUCUAUGUUCAUACAGUUUAAACAAUUACAGAAGCAAGCAAAAUAAUCAAUUACAAGGUCCACGCAAUUCGUGUAAAUAUAGUGCUGGGUUUGUUUUGUGUGGUCCCAGUAAUCUGUCCACUCACCCUGAGAAUAUGUUUCUCCUCUCCCUCUGGGAGGUUGCCGAUUCACCACAAAAUGCUGAUUGUGGAAUACAUAUCAUAAGAAUUCUCUGGCGUGCUAAUUAUGCUUGUCCAUUAAUAUUUGAUUAAGUAGAAAUUAUGAAAAACAACGUCCAACCUCUCCCUUCCCCCAUUCUUGGUUGUUAAGUUCUAUGCUACAUUAAAGGGACACUUUAGGCACCAUAACCACUUAAAUUAAUUGAAGUGGUUAUGGUGACUGGAGUCUGCAGGUACCGGGUUCCAUAUCAUUGUUAAAUGGUUUACUAAUCAUCAAUCUACAAGGUGACAAAGGAAUAAGUAUGCCACAACUAAUGCCAUACCAAUUCAUACCAGGGAUUGGGGCAGUGAAUGUCUCAGCCUAUCACUGCCAGCUAGCCCUGGUAUUGGAUGAGGCAACGUUUAACUCUUCCUUUUGCCAUAAUGUAAAUGAUGGCCAGUUUGCAACCUGUGAGGGAUGAGCAUCUCUGCUAAACAGUGAGUAAUCAGUGUAAUAUAGAAAUUUAAAAUGUUAACUUUAAAAACGAAAAAAAAUCUAGCAUCAUUACAGAGGGUACUUUAAAGUUGCCACAUUCAAAGUAGGGUGGUGUUAUACUGUUAUUUAUAAAGGAGAAUAUUGUAACGCUGGUGCUGUAAUGGUAGGGAAUAGCAAUGAAUGCCAUGCAGUACAUUUAAAGCAGGUGUCCCCAAAAGGUAGAUCCCCAGAUUUAGUUGAACUACAACUCCCAUGAUGCUUUGCAUGCCUUUGGAAUGCUUUAGAGUGACAAAGCACCAUGUUAGUUGCAGUUUUAGAACAUCUGAGGAUUUACCUUUUGGGCACACUUGAUAUAAAGCGACAUUAAGUGAGGCUUUUGCUUGGCUUAGUCAUGGGAGUUACACUCCAAGUAUUUUGAAGGCAGGUAGCUCCAUAACCCAGCAUUAGGCUGCUGUAACGAUAAAAGCGUAAUUAGAAUGACAUUGGGAAUAAUUGUCUACAUCAUGUCUUGAGGCGUUUUAGCACUUUUUGAUAGAACUAAUUUGCUCCUGAAAGCUGAGACAGCAAAUCUACUCUCUCUAUCCAAGUCAAUUAAAAGGCAAGGCUUGCCAGAAUUGUCUAGCAGAACAUUGCAAUGACUGAAGCCACCAAAAUAGACUGUUAGUUGCAUAUUUCUCCCUUUUUUCAUGGCAGCUGAGAUCUGGACUAUUUAAUGAAGUUAUUUUAUCCGUAACAUUGUAUCUUACAUACAAAAAAAAAAAAGGAACAAAACAAGAUGAAAGGGAUAUUUUACAAACACCAAGAUUAUAUUCCUUUUUUUUUUUGCAGUAUGUUAAAAGCUAUAAAUAGCAUUUUUGAAAGUCCAUAGAUCUGCACAGGUACAGGGCUCAGCACAAAGGGUCGAAUGGGUUCAGAAGGCACCAGAAAAGUCUGCAUGGGUUUGGGGACCAGAACAAGGCUCUGCAAUAGGUCAGAAAGCUAAGCAGAUGGAUGCUCAGCAGGAGGAAGAAUUGAGAAGGGGAUGGCAUGAGGCUCAGCAGGGAAUAGAUGUUGCCAUUACAGUUUUUAUUUUUUGCAUAUUUAGUGUAAUGGAAGUGGUUAUGGUGCCAAGAGUGCUAUAGCACCCUCUGACUGACCUGGGCUAAAGGGGCCAAGCAAGAGAUGCCACACUGCCUGUCCAUCAUUUAAGCUGGCUCAAUAACAGCAGAGACCAAGCACAAUUAAAAAAGUGUGAGCUAUGAUACGGUUGUGCUAUGACUGUUGGGAACAGUUCCCUGGACUGCAGGACAGGACCGAAAAUUGGGACUAUUCCUUCCAAAAUCGGGAUGCUUUGAAGGCAUGCUCUUAGGGGAAUUGGGAAGUAGGGCAGUUGGGACAAAUCUAAGUUGUCAAACUGUUCUUAAAUGGUUUGACUACAUACUGGGAGGGCGCUAGGGCACUCCAAGCACCACAACCUCUAGCAGGCUGUAGUGGUUAUGGUGCUUGGAGUUUUCCUUAAAAAUCAAUUAUUCUCAAUAGAAAUUUCAGCUUGUGCUUCCAUGCCAUAGACGGAGACUAGUUGGGCAGGUUUGAAAUCGGCUCGUAGAACUAAGCAGUCUCCUUGGAAAUCUGAAUUGGUUCCUGCUAAUUAUACUUCUGCUAGGCUGCACCUGCAUUCCUAUCAAUUAGCAAAAGCAACACAUUAGCUGUAGCUAUUCAUCUUCAGUCUCUUGUUGGGUUCUUGCUAAAUUACAGAAUCCACUCGCUGGCAAUCUAAAUAACAAUACCUCUGGAAUCGCGGGCAGGUAACAGCCCUGACCAGGAUCACAGCAAUACGUCAGAGAACAAAUUAAAUAAAAAUAUUACUGUCCUUGAAUAGAGGCGUGCAUAUUUUGUGGUAAUGGAAAAAUACCCCUACUACACAGCAAAUAAUAAGAUUAUUGUGAAUAACAAGUACGUCCGGGAAGCAGAUAAUGUAAUAAGACGUUAAUCUGGGAGGCAGCUAUGUCCCCCUCCUCCCCCCUCACGGAUCUAACACGUGCCUUCUGCAGCCUGUGUAAUACUCUACACUAGAGGUUCAUGGUUUACAGUGCAAAUGGAAUUUAUAGGGAGGGAGAGGCGGUGGGGAUUGGGGAUUUGCAUGAUAUCCCUGUGGCAUGUUGGCUAUGUGCUGUAUGUAAAAAAUUCUCUUGCAUACAUCUACUAAUAAUAAUAAUAAGAAAAUAAUUAAAUAAAAUGUAAAAAAAAUUAAAUGAAUAAAUGUGUGUGUGUGUGUGUAUAUAUAUAUAUAUAUAUAAUUACUUAUUUUCUCUUUUGUAGGAUUACUAGAUGAAGCAGAUUAUUGAAUAAGACGGAAGAAAAUUAAUAUGAGCAAAAGAAAGCAUUCUACUUUUUUUUCAUCAAAUCAUCUACAUCACAAUCAAUACAGGAACAUAAAUUAAAUAAAUAAAAUCAAGAUAAAAAACCAACCAAAAACUGUUUUCAAGUGUUUAUUUACUUUACUGAGAAUUUGUGAAGAAUCGAGAGUUAACCGCACGUUUUAGGCUGAAAAAAUAGCUGAGUAGGAGAUCAUUUUCAAGGUCGGCUAUUUUGGCAUUUUGCAAUAUUUUUGUCCAGUCAUCAUUAUUGUUUUUUUUUUUUUGUGUAAAUCACACGGUUUAAUUUACAUCUUCUGUUGUAAUACGAAAUCUAUAUAAUGAUUGCACAUCCUGGUGUUCUGAGAUCAGCAAGCAACCCAGGGUUAUUCACUGAAGUGUGAAUUCAAAGUGAAUUUCAAAUUCAAUUUAAAAAGUAAAUUUAAUUAAGUCAGAUAUGUUCUCAGUUCAGCUACUUUGGUCUUAAAUUUGAAAUUCACUUUGGAUUUGUACUAGUGAAUAACUCUAUGGCAUUUAAUAUCAAACCUGAUUUACAAAAAUGUUCAUACUCUACUAUAGUCACAUCUUAGCUGUUAUACAUGUUUUAUAAUUUUUUUUUUUAAUAAAUUGGUUUUCAAUAAACCCAUAAAUUGGACAGCGCAUACAAAUACAAAAUCAAAAGUAGCUUUUUCUCAAGUUGUGCAUUUCAAUGUUUAAAUAAAAG